GCAGCAAUUGUCAAAUUGACGUCGAAAGCAGCAUUUUUAUAAAAAGAAUAACGAAACUUUUCUUCAACAUUCUCUUUCUUCUCUGUACGCUGAUGGUAUUUCGGAAAGCAUAAAUAGACCCAUAUCCGGAAAAUAAUAUAUCCCCUGUGCGGCACAUCCAAAGAGUUUGUAUAUUUUCGUGUGAUAUUGUACCUGUUCCGAAAGGCACGCAGCGACAUGUCCGCAAUAUCUGCCACCGAGAAGCCGCAGAUGCAGCAGAUCGAUUUGAAUACUCUUAACCUGCAGCAAUUGACACAGUUAAAAAAUCAACUCGAUCAGGAAUUGACACUGUUCCAAGAAUCGCUGCAGACACUCAAAAUGGCUCGAGUGAAAUAUUCUGGUUCGAAGGAAGCACUGGAACAGUUCAAACCAGACUGGAACGAAAAACAGAUUUUAGUGCCCCUGACAGGGAGUAUGUAUGUCCCAGGCACAAUCAAAGAUGCGAACAAUGUGAUCAUUGAUAUCGGGACAGGAUAUUAUGUAGAAAAUGAUUUGGAAAGUGCGAAAGAUCUCUUCAAACGACGAGUGGACUUCGUUCAGAAGCAAAUGGAAAAAAUUGAGGUUCUAGGCAUGGAAAAAUCUAAAAUUAGAGAUGCAAUUCGUGAAGUGAUGGAAAUUAAACUGCUCCAGCUUGAGAAAGAAUUGCAGAAACAACGGGAGGGAACGGAAUGAACUAGUUCUACAUGCUAUGAUUCCGUGCAACUUAACACGCAACAGUUAACUGUAUUUGGCUCCUAAUCUAUUCGAUCAUACGGAAUUAAGCUUCAGAAUGCAUUCUCCAAAAACGUUGGUGAAAGACAGCCGAUGGUCCUUUUAUCCCAUUCACAUUUCGUCAUUUCCCGUCUGAAAAUACACUGAGCAUUUAUUAAUACGAAUAACAAAAAAAAACAAU